GAAGAAAUGGGAGUAGCAAAAACUAAAGGUGAGAAUUAAAAGAAGAUAUUGAAUCACAAACUGAAAUUGACCCUUGGAUAUCAACACUUUUUGUGUUUUUGUGAAUACAAUACCUGUUUAUUGACUAGAGUGAACCUAAGUCAGUUUUGAAAGGGCCUCUAAUUAUCAAAAACCUCCUAAGCCUGUCCCAGCCUCACCCCGUGUUCUUCUAACUUCUUUGCACCUGGGUUGCUGUUCUGAGCUUAUGACGGUGAGAUUAGGCAGCAUGAGGGUAUUACAGAGAGAUAAGUCAGGAUGCAAAGAUCCUUUUGUCUUUUGCAAAGAAGGCAGUGGGGCAGCUGAUAGGAACAGCAUUCAGCUCCGAGGCUGAAAGGGAAACACUAGCUGCCUGGGGGCUGUUAAAAUGAGUGACAACACUGCUCUGGCUGCUCCAGCUUCAAACCAGGGUCCUACCACCCCACGCAAAGGCCCUCCCAAGUUCAAGCAGAGACAGACUCGCCAAUUCAAGAGUAAACCUCCAAAGAAAGGUGUGAAAGGAUUUGGAGAUGACAUUCCAGGAAUGGAGGGGCUAGGAACAGAUAUCACAGUGAUUUGUCCGUGGGAGGCAUUCAGCCACCUGGAAUUGCACGAGCUCGCUCAGUUUGGGAUUAUUUGAGGUGCCAGAGGUUCUGCCACUCUCAAUGACAUCUGCUGUAAUUUUGGUUACUUUUGCCCUGAUGAUCUGCCGGAGUCUUGAAAUUCAGCUGAUUGGAAGUGGUUUUGUUGACUUUCGAGGUCAUUUCCUAUCAGUUACUACUAAGAAUUCUCUUACUGUCAGAAUCUGUCUUGCAGUACAGUUCAAAAUAGUGGAUGCAUUUCACACUUAACCACCUUUUCCUACCAGCUAGUUAGAAGUCAUCAAUAUUUCUCUACAUUUUGUUUAUGUGUAAGCCCUUUACAUCUAUUUUUGCUAGGCAUUCACUAUGAUUAAUAGGAGACUUUUAAGAUAACAUUUAUGUCACUCCCCACCUCCUCUUAUUUAAUAAACGAGAUAUUUACCUUGAA